AUGAACGGAAAAUUGCUGAUCGUUUUGUCGUUCGCCGUGUUCGCGACGGCUAAGGAUGAGGCGACCGUGGCCAACAUGGAGACCAGGCUGACCAGGGCGAUGGACGACCUGAACCGAAGGGAUACCAUCAAGAUCUACGGUGACAUGUUCACGCUCGAGAAAGUGGACGUCGACCAGGACGUCGCCAUUGACAGAGCCAGCGAAGACACUUUGGUCUGCGGAAUUGAGAAAUUCCUGAGGACUCGCAGGUUCCAGAUCCACUUCCCCAACGAUGGAUCACCGGCUGAUAUGUUUGGACGCGCUCUGGGACAGAAGGACGUCGGGGUCGAGCUUAGGGGACUCACUGAAGGAGCUUCGGAAGCCCGAACCAAGCUGAAGAAGAUCAUCCUGCCGCUUCUGUUGGCCCUCAAACUGAAGGCCAUCAUCGUCCUGCCCAUCGUCAUCACUCUGAUUGGAUUGAUCGGAAUCAAGGGACUCGGCGCAGGCUUGAUGUCCUUGCUUCUAUCGGGAGCUGUAGCCUUGAAGUCACUGCUGACACCUCCUCCGCCGUAUCCUGCCAGAGUUACUUAUGGGAUCGUGAAGCCUGAUGUUCAUCACGAGCAUUGGCACAGGUCGCAGGAAGAGGUCAACCAACCGUACAGGGGUUGGGCGCCGGAGUUCAACCCUGAACAGUACCCUUACCAGGACGCGCCAUUGUAG